ACCGCCGCCCGCACCGAGGAAGCGCCUGCGCGGGCGCAGGCGGCCGGGAUGGCGGGGCCCGGCUGGUGUCCCCCUCGCCUGGACGGCUUCAUCCUCACCGAGCGCCUGGGCAGCGGCACGUACGCCACGGUGUACAAGGCCUACGCCAAGAAUGCAAAGAGAUGGAUCAUCUAGCCGAGGGUUGGAGAAGACCAGGCUGAGGCUGUGUCGGGAAGCCAGGAUUCCAGAAUCAGCAUUCCUCACUGGCCUCACAAGGGAAAGCUGGGAAUCCCGGUGCUGGUGUGCAAAGGACACUCGUGAGGUGGUAGCCAUAAAGUGUGUAGCCAAGAAAAGUCUGAACAAGGCAUCGGUGGAGAACCUCCUCACGGAGAUUGAAAUCCUCAAGGGCAUUCGACAUCCCCACAUUGUGCAGCUGAAAGACUUUCAGUGGGACAGUGACAAUAUCUACCUCAUCAUGGAGUUUUGCGCAGGGGGCGACCUGUCUCGCUUCAUCCAUACCCGCAGGAUUCUGCCUGAGAAAGUGGCGCGUGUCUUCAUGCAGCAAUUAGCUAGCGCCCUGCAAUUCCUGCAUGAACGGAAUAUCUCUCACCUGGAUCUGAAGCCACAGAACAUUCUACUGAGCUCCUUGGAGAAGCCCCACCUAAAACUGGCAGACUUUGGUUUCGCACAACACAUGUCCCCCUGGGAUGAGAAGCACGUGCUCCGUGGCUCCCCCCUCUACAUGGCCCCCGAGAUGGUGUGCCAGCGGCAGUAUGACGCCCGCGUGGACCUCUGGUCCGUGGGGGUCAUCCUAUAUGAAGCCCUCUUCGGGCAGCCCCCCUUUGCCUCCAGGUCGUUCUCGGAGCUGGAAGAGAAGAUCCGUAGCAACCGGGUCAUCGAGCUCCCCUUGCGGCCCCUGCUCUCCCGAGACUGCCGGGACCUAUUGCAGCGGCUCCUGGAGCGGGACCCCAGCCGUCGCAUCUCCUUCCAGGACUUCUUUGUGCACCCCUGGGUGGACCUGGAGCACAUGCCCAGUGGGGAGAGUCUGGGGCGAGCAACCGCCCUGGUGGUGCAGGCUGUGAAGAAAGACCAGGAGGGGGAUGCAGCAGCCGCCUUAUCACUCUACUGCAAGGCUCUGGACUUCUUCGUACCUGCCCUGCACUAUGAAGUGGAUGCCCAGCGGAAGGAGGCAAUUAAGGCAAAGGUGGGGCAGUACGUGUCCAGGGCCGAGGAGCUCAAGGCCAUCGUCUCCUCUUCCAAUCAGGCCCUGCUGAGGCAGGGGACCUCUGCCCGAGACCUGCUCAGAGAGAUGGCCCGGGACAAGCCACGCCUCCUAGCUGCCCUGGAAGUGGCUUCAGCUGCCAUGGCCAAGGAGGAGGCUGCUGGUGGGGAGCAGGAUGCCCUGGACCUGUACCAGCACAGCCUGGGGGAGCUGCUGCUGCUGCUGGCAGCGGAGCCCCCGGGCCGGAGGCGGGAGCUGCUUCACACUGAGGUUCAGAACCUCAUGGCCCGAGCUGAAUACCUGAAGGAGCAGAUCAAGAUGAGGGAAUCUCGCUGGGAAGCUGACACCCUGGACAAAGAGGGACUGUCGGAAUCUGUUCGUAGCUCUUGUACCCUUCAGUGACCCUAGAAGAAUGAUUGGACAGACAUGAGCCAUCUGGAGCAGAGGGACACUAACCCAGGCUGACGCCAAGAAUGAAGCGGCCCACUGCAGCCCUGGCGAGCAGGCUUCUUGGAUGGACAGUGCUGAGACCCCCACAUGCCAGAGUCCCCAGCCUUCCUCAGGUUACUCUGCACCCACAGACGGUUUGAUGGCUGUGCUGUAUACUGGAGGGGAGGGCAGGACUCUGGGAGAACAGCACUUCUUUCAUGAGACCUUUGUUACUCGGUGGUUACUGGGUCCUGUGCCUGUCCGUUUUGGGGCAUACAGUCGUCUAUCAUUUUUGGCUCCGAGAAGAGGGCAAGGGGCCCCUGCAGGGCACUUCUGUGCUUGCCCUCGCCCUGCCAGCAGGCAGCUAUGCCCCUGGCCUGCCCUUCCCGGGAACCCUUAUUCCAACUCAGCUCCUGUUUGCACUGGAAUGGGGCACUCCAACACCCCUCAGGGACCACCCUCCCCACAGUAUGCACUCAGCCCCACAGAACCCACCAGUCUUUCUGGGAACUCACACCUGCCUGCCAUCUUGGUACUUUAAGUUAAUCCUUCAAGCAUGAAAGUUGUAUCUUUUGGGGUUUAAGAAGCCCAUGCCUUGUUCCUGCCCUGGCCUAGGGAGCACUCAGGAGGGUUCCUUGGUCCUCAUCUCUCCCACCUCCGUUCCUCUUUGGGCCCCACACUAGCCACAGUGCAGGCCUUGUGCUGGAGUUUGAGCCUGGGACAGGGAGAGGGAGGUUUGGAGACGGUCUGACCCAGUGCACUCCAGGCUACCCACUUCUAGGCCUGCUCUGCCGCUAUGGAGCCCUGAGCAAGCCCCUUCCUCUUUCUGAGCCUGGGUCUCCCCAUCUCUUCAAUGGGGCUGAUACCUUCACAGCCCACAGCAUGGGCACUUACGAGGACAAAGUGAAUUUAACCUGGAAAAGAAUGUAUUUGAGAGUUUCUUUUAAAUAAUCAGCAGGUGUUGGUGAUUUCUAGCCCUUCUGCCCUUAAAUGCUUCCUUGGGCAAGAGUUGUCCGUCCUCCCUGCAGGAGGCUGAGUGUGAAGAGUUUCAUUCAUUGUUUCUCUAUUAAAUUAUUUUCUCUA